UCGUUCGUCAUUGUCAACACAUUAACAAUAGAAUGGCUUCAGCAACCAAAUCAGAGCAGCCGAGGCUACUGACUGUCGCCGCAGCACAGAUGGGCCCAGUAAAAAGCCUCUCAACGCCCAGAUCAGAAACCCUAGACCGCAUGCUACAGCUGCUCCAACAAGCGGCCGACAAAAACGUCAAACUUCUGGUAUAUCCCGAGUUAGCUUUCACUACAUUCUUUGCUUCCUACAUCAUCAAAGACCCGGAGGAGCUUGCCAAGUUCUUUGAGCACACCUCCCCCUCGGACCCCUACGCCUUCGUCAACUCGCCAAACAUCAAACCCCUGAUCGACCGCACCAACGAGCUUGGAAUCGAUCUCUACUUCGGCUUCGGUGAGCGCUUGGUUGAUGCUGCCAAAACGACCGAUUUCAACACGGCCGUAUACUACUCGGCCUCGCAGCGCAGAUGCCUAUCCAAGUACAGAAAAGUGCACCUCCCCGGGCGAAAAGAGCCGCUCACGACCCCGGGCUUCGCGCAGCAGCUUGAAAAGCGCUAUUUCACUGUUGGCGAUCUAGGCUUCCAGGCUUUCCGGGCGCCGGGUUUGGUGGAGGGUGCUUUGAAGGCCAAGGAUGUCGAUUCAGCCACAGACCCGAAGGAAAGCCAAGGGAAAGGCGAUCCCAUUCUCGGGAUGCUUCUAUGCAAUGAUCGUCGAUGGGCCGAAGCUUGGAGGUGCUACGGAUUGCAGGGUAUAGAGCUUCUCUUGGAAGGAUACAACACAACCGCCUUUGCUCCGCAGUACGAAGGAACUCCCGAAUGGCAAGAAGCUGAAGCUCUCCACCACCAUCGCCUUUCUUCCCAAGCAGGAAGCUAUCAGAACGCUUGCUUCAGCAUCCACUCCGCGAAAGCGGGCGUGGAAGACCACGGGUCGCUCAUUGGCGGGUCCAGUAUUGUUGACCCCAAUGGGCAUAUUAUAGCUGAGGCGAAGACAAAAGGGGAUGAGCUUGUGUAUGCGACGAUUGAUCUGGCCAAGUGCCGGAAAGGCAAAGGUAGGGUGUUUGCUUUCGAUGACCAUCGGAGAACUGAACAUUAUGGGAAGCUGUUGGAGCAAACAGGUGUGGUGGAGCCGAGACUUUUAGAUUGA